AUGCAAUUAAAGGUGAUUCUGAACGUUAAAUUACGUUAGGAACUUUUUAAUUGAAGUCACCGGUGUCAUUCCAACGCGGGAAAAUCGUCAACGUCACCGCCUACUUGGUAAGAUUAAUUAGUUUAGCUAAUGUAAUUAUGUUGUGUAGUAAUUAUCUGAUAUUAAUGCGAAGUUUGAUUUACAUGUUUCAUGAUCUGUGUUCUGUCAUCUUCAUGAUUAAAUACAUUACAUCGUAUAUUGAUUGUUCCCUAUUUUACAGGACGGGUUUUAAUAAUCUAUAAAAUGAGGGAAUAACAGAGAUGUACUUGCAUAGCAAGUGACUUGAUCUGAGAUCGUGUGCUGAAACGAAAACAAUUGCAGCGUGGAAGGUGUUUGUAAGCCAUUUAAGAAACACACAAAAGCCGUUCGAUUCACUUCAACAUUUAAAUUUAAUUUGUCAAAAUGAGGGAAUAUCUAUUCUGAAUAUCCUUGACUUUUUUCAGCUGAAUUUCAAAUUGAAAAGAUUUUUCUUAUUUGAAUUACCAUCGCAACACACAUUGUUGUUCUUUCCCUCUAUUCGUGGGAAACAAACCCCAUUUAUUGGGACUAUACUUAUAUGAGAAUACGUACACACUCCUAUACAUACGUACGUACACGUAUAUUGAGUCUCUAUUAUAAACACUCAUAUUCUGUCUCCCGACAUCGUUUUUUCGCCGUGAUUUUUGCUUUUCUGUUGUGAUUAUUACUGCAAUGCAAUAUCUCUUAAGAUCGCUCCGAUUUCACCAGGACGUCCGUUUAUGGACUGCUUAUCCUUUAGACUGGGACAGCAUCUUUUAACCAUGUCUACAUUUCUUAAUUUUGACAUAGAUAUAAUUAUAUUUGCAGCAAAAUGUGAAUUACUAGAAUAGUGCCCAGUCAGCUGCAAGUAUUCUAAUGGUGAGUAGAAUAUAUAUACCUACAUUAUAUAUUUUCCACUCGUGUAAACAGUUUCACGAUAGAUAAAAACAAAAAAACUAAAGCACGAUAGAUUAUUCUGUCAGACUUUACCCAACUUUUAGGAAUUCCUCAAGAAUUAAUAUGGAGGACGUUAAUCACUCGGACACUUCAAAUGGAACUGUUUUUACCAAUAUAAAUACAGCUACAGAAACCGACAGAUGUGAUAAACUUGUAGACAAAAAUGUUCCUGAAUAUUACUGUGAGAUUUGUAAGAAGACAUUCUCUUCAGAGCGUGAAGUCUCCGUGCACAAAGAAAUACAUAAUAAGGUAACGGCCUAUCAUUGUGACAUUUGUGGAAAAUAUUUUGUCUCAAACAAUAAUUUAACGAUACACAGGAGGAUACACUCGGGUGAAAAACCGUUUCACUGUGAAAUGUGUGGAAAAUCAUUCUCUGAUAAUUCUAAUUUUGUAGUUCACAAACGAAUCCACACAGGAGAGAAACCUUACCAUUGUGAAAUCUGUGGAAAAUCAUUCUCCGAUAAUUCUAGUCUUGUAGUUCACAUACGCAGUCAUACAGGAGAGAAGCCGUUUCAUUGUGAAAUUUGUGGGAAAUAUUUUGUCAAGAAUGGCGACUUGAAAAAACAUAUAAGGAAACAUACAGGUGAAAAACCCUUUCCUUGUGAAAUCUGUGGGAAAUCUUUCUCUGAUAAUUCUAAUCUUGUCGUUCACAGAAGAAUUCAUACGGGAGAAAAACCAUUUCAUUGUGAAAUCUGUGGAAAAUCAUUUAACACCAAAGGUCAGUUAAAUAGACACAAACGAAUACACACGGGGGAAAAGCCUUUCCACUGUGAGGUGUGCGGAAAAUCGUUGGCGUCCAAUGGUGAUUUAACAACACACAAACGUAGUCACACAGGAGAGAAACCUUUUCCUUGUGAAAUAUGCGGCAAAUCAUUCUCUGACAAUUCUAACCUUGUUGUUCAUAAACGAAUUCAUACUGGAGAAAAACCUUUUCACUGUGAAAUUUGUGGGAAAUAUUUUGUUCAGAAUGGUGAUUUAAACAAACAUAAACGUAUUCAUACAGGAGAAAAACCAUUUCAUUGUGAAAUCUGUGGAAAAUCAUUUACUCAGAAUUCUUGCCUUAUUAUCCACAAUCGUAGUCACACUGGAGAAAAGCCAUAUUACUGUGAAAUCUGUGGAAAAUCUUUCAGCACUAACGGUGAUUUAACGACACACAAACGUAGUCACACAAGAGAGAAACCAUUUCAGUGUGAAAUAUGUGAGGAGUCCUUUGUUUAUAGAAGAUAUUUAACAGAACACAAAAGACUACACUCAGGAGAAAAACCGUAUAAUUGUGAAAUGUGUGGGAUUUCAUUUAGUAAAAAUAGUCUGUUAAAAACACACAAACAAAUACACACAGGAGGGAAAUCUCUUGAUUUAACAUAAAGAGUCCUUUUCUUAUGAAUCUAAGCUUUUUUGUUCAUCAUCAAAUACAGAUAGACAUUGGAGAAUAUCUAUAAUGGUGAGAUAUAUCAAAAAUCAUUCUCUGGUCUACAAAUGUGCUUUUGUUUGAGCAAAACCGCUUCACUAAAAUGUCUGGGAAAUUCUUAUUUGAGAAUUAUAACCUUGUAGUUAACAAAUUAAUAUGCACUGGACAAAACACUUUAUCAAUGUUAUAUAUAGCUCUAUGAAGUGGUGGUCCCAUGGCUGUUUAAAAUGUUAUAUAUAGCAUGAGGUUAGUCUUCGCUUGUAAUCCACAGCUGAAUACAAACUGAAGAAAGAAAAAUUAUUGUGAAAUACAUUGGAAAAUCAUUCUCUGAGUUGUGGUCUUGUAAUUCAAAAGCAUUCACUGGAAAAAGAUCUGCUCACUGU